CGGCUGUCGCGCGACAGUCCAUUCCAAAUAUCACUUAACUCAACUCACAGUACGUCCGGAAUACGUUUCAAGCUGCCACAGCCAGUGAAAUGAGUCGACCGCAGAUGAUUGGUACGAUUUCAGAGUUUGAUAGUUCGGUUGAUGACUGGAAUGUGUAUUACGAGCGGUUGGAGCAAUUUUUCGAUGUUAAUGACGUUCCAGACGCGAAGCGGAGUGCUUUUUUAAUCAGUGUUAUCGGAGCAAGUGCGUACAAGAGUUUGCGGGAUUUGUGUCACCCGAUAGCACCCAAAGAUAAGCCAUUUGUCGAUCUCUGUGAGUUGCUGCGAAAGCAAUUCAGCCCACAGAUUUCGAUUUUUCGAGAAAGAGCCUGUUUUUACAACACCCGCCAGGAGUAUCACGAAAAUGCGACCCAGUGGUAUGGAAAACUUAAGCGGUUGUCAGUAAACUGUAAAUUCGGCGAAAGUUUGCAAUCCAUUCUGAUGGAUAAGUUCAUCACGGGAUUGAGACCGGGACAGGUGCUGGAUCGAUUGUGUGAAGAAAAUGAAACGCUUAAACUAGAGCAAGCAUUGGAUAUUGCUGUUAACAAGGAGUGUGCUGCCAAAGAAAACGCCUACGCUCCGGUGCGGCCAUUCUACAAACCUCAAAUCUGCCCCGCACCGAGGCUUCAAACUUGCUACUCCGGGGGACAACCAGCCCGACCAGAAAAACCUCAAACAGAAAACUUUUUCGCAACCAACACAUUGUGUUCAGCUCCAAAACAGCUUGGAUUUAAAGCACCUGCAGCACCUUUCGGCGGAUCCGGUGGUACCGGAUUAUUUGGGUCUCCAGCGCUUGCCUCCGCUCCAGCUCCUUCACUAUUUGGAAAACCUGCGGAGGGCGCCGGUUUUGCAUUUAGAAGUCAAACAGAACCGCUUGCUGCAGCUCCAGCAUCCUCCUUGUUUGCUGCAUCUACAGGAGGUUUCGGUGGCUUCGGAGCCCCCGCACCUCAAUCUGAUUCGGUGCCGCUCAAUUUGGAAUCGGCGGACGAAACACUGGCCGUUGACAAUCCACCUGCACUUGGAGGGGCCAACUUGGAGGUGCCAAGUGUGGAACAGACAACGAACCCCACCCUCGAUGGCCUACCGGAGGGAGCUAAUCGAGUUGGUGGCACGGCAAAAAGGGGACGCGGAGGUCGUGUCCGCACUCGACGCCGUGGUGCGGCUCGUCGCGGCGGUGCUGGCGAUGCUGCUGAUAAGGCUUCUGUUGACGGUGAACAGGAAGCAUGACUUCUUGAAUGAGCGAAUGGGUGAAUGAGAAAGUGUGAUAUACCUACUACUUUCACGUUGUUUUCUUGUAAGUUAGUUGAUAUGAUAUUUAAUGAAAGCUCUAAUUAAAAUGUUUUACAAAGAA